GGAGGGAGCGGGAGAGAGAUGGCUCCUGACUUAGGCAGUUGUGCUGAUGAAGUGGAAGAGCUGGUUUCAGUUCUCCAUAGUGCAUGUGUGUUUAGGAGGCGGGUGCUUCUUGUUUCCUUGCCUGGGAGUUGUGCAAUCCUUUAGGUCGGAGAAAGCGCCCUCCCUCGCUGCUGCCGCCGCCACCGCCUUGUUGGUUUUUUUUAAAGCUGUGAGCUCAGCCGAUGAGUCAGAACCAUGCAAUCCUGACACUGCAUCGUGGGACUGGAGGUGAGAGAGAAUUAAAAACAGGAGCUGUAGAUUUCAGCCAAGUACAGUGCAGGACUUCGCUUUGCUUGUGCACAGAAGGGGAGCUGAGUAGUGACCACUUCGUGGGAUAUUCUUGAUUGCAAGAGAACUUCCUGCUUCUUUCCUAGGAGCCCUGAGGAGCGGAUCUGGAAAACACUUUUUUGUCGUCUCCUGGGAAGUGAAGCAAAAAGAGAGAGAGGAAUCGCCCCGUUACAUAAUUCUGACAGUGUCUGUUUCAUAUUAGGACGAGCCAUGCGGCCCUUGCUCUAACCUCUGGUCCGCACAACUAAUACCUGCCUGAUGAUUGGAACAGUGUCUCUGCUGUGGACUAAUAGCUGUGGAAUUUUGGAUCCAUAUCAGCAUUGUGAUCGAGUGGAUUCCAGCAUCCUCUGAACUGCAGAGGAGAAGAGCAGAAAGAAGAAAGGGAAAGGCGCACAGAGGAAAAGGAGUUGGAGACACUUACAUCUGGACUUGUACAAAAUUGGAACUGGAUGGGAAAGUGAACCGUUUGGUGUCUUUUCUUCCCCCAGUCUUUGAGAUGGAUGGGUUGUAAAUCUGUGUGUGUAACUGGGAAUAGACUGAACCAUGAAUCUUCAGGCUCAACAAAAGUCUUCAAACAAGAGGGCUGGGAAACGGAUUGCAUAUUUUAAUGAGCAGGAUGUGGCUGUGCCAUCAAAAGAACUGCAACAGCAGCUGAAGGAAGGACAGUACUAUGGACAUGGAGGGGAAAUACCUUCUUCACAAACCAUGGAGCUUUCUAAAGCAGGGGGUUUAACUGGUGCUCCCAACAAUGUUGCCUUGAUGAACUCUGUUGUUUAUACUCAAGAUAGGGGGGAUUCCAUGAUGAUGUCUCAGCAGCUGGCUGCUGUCAAAUGGCAGAACUCAUUGAUGGGGAGCAGGUUGCCUGAGAGAAUUGAUUCCAGUUGGCAGCCUUCGCCUGUGGCAUGGAACCACAGUGUGGUCUAUGGGGGCAAUCAGAAAGGGGUCCACCACAAUGCCAAUGCCCCAGGUUUCUAUGGGCAUCCUGAAGCUCUGAAGAGAAGCCAGGAAAAAGAAAUGGAGGUGCCGCAGCUAGAAAUAUAUGGAGAUGCUGCUGUUCAGCAGAUGAUGGCCCAGAAGGCUCAGCUGGAACAACAAGCACUGAUGAGACAGCAAGCUCAAAUGAAUUCAUAUCACCAGAUGCAGAAGCAGCAACAGCAGAAUCAGACUCUACCUUUACAGCCUUUCCAGCUUGCAUUUGGUCACCAAGGCCAGAAGCAAGGCCUUCCUGAAUUGUUACAUGUCUUUCAACAAGCCCCAGCUUCCUCCAACCCAGUCUUUACUACUCAGCAGAAACAACAGUCUCUUCCUCAGCUGCAACUGUUUGAAAACUUCUACCCACAACAGCAGCAACAGGCCACCACGCAAGCCUUCAACCUCCAGCAAGCUGCUUCUAUAGCACAGCCCCAUGUGGCAGCAACAGCACCCCAGCAUCAUAUGGUGGCCCACCAGUACCAGCAACCGGAGAGGAACCUGGAACUCUUGAAAGCCCUAACAGAGCAAAACCAACAGACUGUGCUACCUCAGACCCAGAUACCCUUUCCAAGGAGAUCAAGGAGACUCUCCAAGGAAGGUAUUUUGCCAUCCUCUUCUUCAGGAGAAAUAUUGGCUUCUAAACCAGUAGAGGAACAAGCUAGCAAUCUGUUCCUGCAUCACUGGCAACCACAGCAGCAAGGACUGCCGUUUCAGCAUGAGACUGAAGCUCUGAGCCACAACAAGGGUAGCUAUCCACAGCCCACGAGAACACCCCUGGGACAAAAGGAGACCCCGAGUAGUAAUGAGUUGAACCAGCCUGACACAGAGAGGCUGGCCACAUCCUAUAAUAGCAGAGAUGAGGAGAAGCAAGUGGCAAUGACCGAAGAAAGCACUCGGAGAAAUAAUGACUUUGUGGGGGUGAGAGGUGGUGUGAUCCAGAGCACCCGAAGAAAACGGUGUAUUUCUCAAGAGGCCAACCUGCUAACUCUGGCACAAAAGGCUGUUGAGCUGGCUUCUCUUCAAAAUGACAAAGAAUUGGAUACUUCAAAAGAGAAGAAGAAUGUGGUGGCUGCAGCACCUGCAGCAGCCAAAAGUGUUUUGGAAUUUGCCAGUUCUCCACAAGCCUCCAAGAGACCCCGGGAAGAUAGCAGCCUUGUUCCUCUAAUCAUGCCUGUGUCUGUGCCAGUGAGGAAAUUCGACUUGCAAGCUAUUGGGAAGGAAAAGGGUGAGGAAGGGAAACUCCAGAGGGUGCUGGCAAAUGAUCGAGGUCUUUCUGAACGCAAGCCCUCUGUGAUAGUCACCAGAAGAAGAUCCAAUCGCAGCUCCAACAUGGAAACCUUAGUCCAGCAUGAAGAUGCUGUUCCAAAGGAGGAAUCCGAGGGCUUUUCCCGGAAACCAAAGCAGCGCCCAAGACCUGAACCACUCUUCAUACCACCGAAAGCAGGCACCUUCAUUGUCCCUCCAGUCUAUUCCAACAUCACUCCAUAUCAGAGCCACUUACGCUCACCUGUGCGCCUUGCAGAUCACCCUUCAGAUAGGAACUUUGAGCUACCUCCCUACACACCUCCACCAAUUCUCAGCCCAGUGAGAGAAGGGUCUGGGCUGUAUUUCAAUGCUAUUCUCUCUGCUAGUGGUCACUCAAUUCCACCUCCGAUGACCCCUAAAAGUACUCACAGAACUCUGCUGAGAUCUAAUAGUUCAGAAGUCACCCCUCCCAUCCUUGCAGUAAUGGGGGAGGCCACCCCAGUCAGCAUUGAACCGCGAAUCAAUGUGGGAUCCCGGUUUCAAGCGGAAAUCCCUGUGCUCCAAGACAGAUCUUUGGCAUCAGCUGACAAGCACAAGGCAGACAUGGUAUGGCAGCCAUGGGGGGACCUGGAAAUCAACAAAGCUACUCAAGAGAAUGUGGAAAAUCUGCUAACUGCUGCCUGUUCAAGUAUUUUUCCUGGGGCUGGUACCAAUCAGGAGCUGGCGCUGCACGUCUUGCAUGAAGAAAAGGGAAACAUUCUGGCUACUUUGACCAAAUUGCUGCUGAAGAGGCCAAUGCGAUCGCCACACCACCCGCUGGCAGACUAUCACUACACAGGAUCAGACAGGUGGAAAGUUGAUGAGAAGAAACUUUUCAACAAAGGCAUUGCAAUCUACAAGAAAGACUUUUUCCUGGUCCAGAAACUUAUAAAAACCAAGACGGUGGCCCAGUGUGUAGAGUUUUACUACACAUACAAAAAACAAGUGAAAAUUGGUCGGAAUGGCACCUUAAUUUUUGGGGACAUGGAUGCCACUAAUGAGAAGUCUAUGAAAGAUGAAGCUGAGGUUGAUAUCAAGAGUUCCCAUAGGUUUGCACGUGUUCUUCCUCCCAGAAAGGAGAAUUACAGUGAAGAACAUACGCACGUGGAGGAGGUGGCUGAGAAGGAGGAAGGGUUGGAUGACAGGAAGAGCACAGUGCCUCCCAAGACCACGCAGACACUACAAGCCAAUGAAGUGGUCAAUGAGGUCCUUGUUUCAAGAACCGAGGAGUCUAAUGCCCCAGGGGAAGCCAGCAGUAGGACUGUAAGGAAGCCUAAGGAAGCAGUGAAGCCUCAAAAGCCACCUCCCCCAGUGCAGAGAAGGAGACGGAAACCAAAGCCAAAACCGGACACACCCAGUAAAGCUCAGAACCAAGAGAACACGUUUCCAUGUAAAAAAUGUGGCAGGGUCUUCUACAAGGUGAAAAGCCGCAGUGCUCACAUGAAGAGCCACGCGGAACAGGAGAAGAAGGCAGCAGCAUUGAAACAGCGAGAGAAAGAGGAGGCGGCGGCGGCAGCGGCCGCGCAGCGGGAGGAGAGCAGUGACGAGGGGAGCAGCAGCAGUGACAGCAGUGGCAGUGGCUGCUCGGAUGAGGAUGGGGAGAUUUAGCCGUAGCCCAGGGAAAGUCGAGGGAGUAGCAAGGCUGGACCCCACCUCUCUCUCAGUGUGUUUGCCUCCAUUCCUGCACUUUCCUUAUCUGGACUGAGUUAUACUAGGCUACUGUCCAUUGCUACCAUUUCCUCAUCCCACAUUCUGCACCUCACCCUGCCAGUAUAGACUGAGCCAAAUCAGUGGAUAAAGAGAUUUGUGUGAACUUGGAUAUUCUUUUUUACAAAUCAGAUUUCUAUUUUAUUUAUAAAGGCACCUGAGGUACAUAAUAGAACAAUGUCAUCAGGAGUGGAAUUCAGUUCUCCUGUGGAUCAGUCAGGGCUUUCUCCUUAUGCUUGCCAAGAAUCAUGGCAAUGAGACUCUUGAGUAUAAAGGCUUCCAGACCUGAGCAAGAAAAAGAUGCUCUGUCCUGAUACUGUCUGCAUCUAGUUACUGUGAUACCAGUGUUUUGUAGUGAUUUCCUUCCAUAGAAAAUUGACUGUCACUGCCCUUCCCGUCUUCCUCUCCAAGUGCUAUGUAGGCUCUUAGCAAGUUCUGUGGAAUAUGAGACAUAGCCUCGGUCACUGUAUGACAGAAGUGUGAGGGGGAGGAGUGAAGAACAAUCCACCCCACCCCUCCUCUGAGAAGAGAUUUCUAUUUUCCUGUAGCAAGGGAAUGCCUGAUAUUUCCUGUGCCAUUAAGAGCUCAGCAGAGGACCUAUAGCAUCCUGUGAGAUAAGAGUAGCCACAAACCUAAAAGAUCUGGCCACACUGUGUACAGGAAGGGAAGUAGUUGUUGGGUCACUUUUUAGAAGAAUUUGCCUCCUCACAAGUGCGCUUUGAAAGACCUCUGAUGAUCACAUCUGGCUUUAACUCAUUGCAAAAGAGAGCAAGGUUGUUAAUGAGACUUGACCCAAGACACAGCUUUUGCAUUGUGCACACCUCACAGAGAUGGGAAGGGUGGACUUGGUUCUCUUUCCUAGGCUUCUUUACUCCCUUCCACAAAGGGCCAUUAUGCAGGAGGAUGCCCAUUUUCCAUUUACCCAUCCCUUUAAAUGGCCACCUACAAGAGUUGCACUGAAGAAACUGUGUGUCUUUCCAUUCAUUCCUUUGCAGAUGUGAUUGGACAGCACAGAAUGCUGGGCUAUCCUAUCGUGGCCCCCUUACCAGUGAAAUGUAGACUCUUCACCCAGAGCUUCACCCAAAAGUCUAGGCAGCUAGGCCUAGUAUUCAAGCAAAGUGUUAAGAGAAAGCAAAAAUAGGUCAGCUGAAUGCUAAAAUUGCACAGAAUUUGUCUGUACGUACAUAUAUAGUGUUCACAUACCUUUAUUGCAUAAAACUAAAGAAUCCAGUGUAGUUGCAGCUGUGUCAGUCCCAGGAUAUUCGACGAGGUGGGUGAGGUACUAUCUUGUAUUGGACCAACUUCUGUUGGUGAGAGAGAGAAGCUUUCAAACAGGAGUGCAGUAUGCAGUACCAGCAAGAGAUUUUUAUUGGGUAUGAGGUACCAGAAACACUUGGGGCAACACAUCCCCCCAGUGGAUGAAGCUGCACUCUGCUCCUUAAAGGAGCAGAAUGCAGCUAGGGAGGACAUUCACUCUUUAUAUGGGUUUAACAGCACAGUACAAAGUUUGUUAGCAUAUAUAUUGUGCUGUUACAUUGAUCAGGAGUUUUCAAGAGAGGAGGGAUGCAGUGACAAAAGGUGUGUUUGAUUCUGUUGCUCCCUAUUGGCCUGAAUUAUCCAUGACAGCCACACUACAUCACAUCAAGUCCAAAUCAUUAGAGAAAUGCCUCUGCUUGCACUGACCAGUGGAUGUUUGGGUUCUGAUGUCAGCCCAGUUCUGCAGCCUGAUGGGAAUCUGGUGUUGUCCCCAGUAUACACAGAGUUCCUUUUUGCAGCCAAAUUAGUCUAACAUUCAUUUUGCUAACUGGAACUGGCGCAGCAAAACAAAGAAAACAAAUGCCUUAUAUUUCUCUCACCCACAAAGUUGGAAAAUAAGUGCUAUAUAAUGCUGGACACUUACAGCCUUAAACCAGGUGCCUCAGGAAUUUGACAAGAACUCUGCUGAAAGUAUGUUUGUCAUCUUAGCAGUGGAGCUAAGACUUAUCAUACAUUUGUCCAUCUUUAUUUAAAAUGAAGCUCCUUCUGAUCAGACAGCUCAGGCAUUGUCAGUUUCACCCGGAACAAUUUACAAACUUGGAAUCAGUCCUGUAAACCCUUUAAUCAUUUGAUCAGUCCCAUUAAAGAUAAUGGGACUAUUUGCGGGACUAUGGACCUCUUUUGUGGGCUGGUAAAAAUUUCAGGAGUCUGUUCUGUUCCUAUAAAGGAAGUUGAAUCCCCCAUUGAAAUGCAAUGUUUGGGUACCAUAAAGCAGUUAAAUUUUGUCUUUUAAUAAAUCAUACAUGGGCUGAAAUGGCUCCUUACCCAACUCCCAUAUUCCAUAUAAACCAACUGAAUACUACAUAUUUGGGGGAAAAGUGAGUAGUUAAACAUGUUGUUUGAAUAUACAAAGGCAGGGUGGGGGGUAUCAGAAGGGAUGGGAAGAGCGUGGAAGCCCUGGGCUCGGGGUGGGGACGAGUCACUUGGGGAGGUCAUGUGUUCUCCCCCCCCCCUUGUGUCCCUCUCAUGAGUGCUGUAUUGACAAGAAAUUAUUUCUGUUUGCACCACUGCUUUCGAGCCAUACAGAGCUCUUCUUUUUCUGAAGAGCACUGUGUGGGUCAAAAGCUUGUCUCUCUCGCCAACAGAAGUUGGCCCAAUACAAGAUAGUACCUCACCCACCUAGUCCAGUUGUUUCCUUGUGCUGCAUCCAUUGCAGAAGAGAGUAACUGGCCCCUUUCAUGGUCUCUGCCCUUCAUUAUAAGUAUAGGGAGAAGAAAUGGGGAGCUCGUCAGGAGCCAGUGAGAAUAACUGAAGAGGCAAAUUGGAUUUAGUGGCAACACCACCCUGCAGUGAAGCAUCCGUAGUACUGUAAAGCAUUUGUACAUGCAGGCAGCCAGUUCUCACUCCUGUUUCCAGAGGAACAUCAUGUGCUGAUAUUUAUGUUGCACUUAACUGCAUGAGCCAAGAGCUUUAGUUAGUAAUGCAAUGUUUAAAUGUGGCAGUGAAUUGCCAGUUUUCUGGUGCCAGUGCAAUGCACAUCAGAUCCACGUGCAGUUCAGUAAUGGCAUCUGGUGGUCAGAUGAGUUACUGUAAUUGCCUGUGCAUUCCUGAGCAGUGCUGCUUGGCUAGUUCCAGUAGAUGACAGCAGGCAGUCCCUGAUCUGGCUGACUUGCAAUAGGCUCUCCAAGCUGCUGGAUAAGUUUCAGAUAAGAAUGCCUUUGUGCUUGUUCAACUACAAUUUAAUAUAGGUCAGAUUCUAGCCUGCCACCUGCCUCAAAUUAAGUCCUCAAGCCAUGUAUUUGGUACCCUACUCUUUAAGCUGUUCAUCUUUGCACAGCUCCUUUCCCUUAGUUAGAGAGGGUUUUUCCUUUAUAAUAAAUAUAAAUAUUGUUAAUUGGCUACUAUUUUUUUAAAUGUUACUCUUUUUAACUAACAAGAAAUGCUCCCUCUUUCCACUCGCAUAUUUAGCUUCUGUAACUUGCCUGGGCCUAAGCCAAUGCCAGUUUGGGAGUCAGAAAGCUGGCUUCCAGUCCAGAAUCCAGAUUUCCGUGUGCAAUCAUAUAACAACCAUUUGUCACUGUGUGAACUGGUCUGGACUGGAAUGUGGAAGCAGAUGGCCUGUCACCUGCUAUUAAUUUUUCAUUAGCAAACUGCAGAGAACCAAAAGCAAAUAAUUUUCACGAGAAAAGCUCGAGCAACAAAUCUUAAGAAUUUAAAUAUUAAUAAAGAAUAUUUUCAUUUGAAAAUUGGGCACACUCUGCAUGCUCUGUGCUAUCCCAGCAGCGCUGUAAAUAACUGCACAUUUGGAGUGCUGUGUCAAGGAGAGCAAAAAGUCAAGUAGCUGUGUAUUAUGUUCUACUCAAAAUAAGUUACUUAUGAAUUCUUCACAUCUGCUAAUGGUCCAUUUUCAGGGUUGGAUGUAAAUUCCAGUAAAAGGUUACAAUGCAGUUAAGCCUUAAAAUGGCAGUUCUUUCCAGAAGACUGGAAAUCACUAAUAAAUACCAGACCCUGAGAAUUAGAGAGCAAGGCAGCAGUUUAAAAAGCAAAUAGGACAAUUAGGUGCAUUUUAAAAGGGAUUGAAAAUAAUGCAGAACAUAUUAGACCAUCAUAUUGAAUGCCUGGAGUACUCUGUCCUGUUCUGAAGUGGAGAUCAAAAAGGCCCGGAAAUAAGAAACAAAGAUAAGUGGAGAUACAGCUGGACUUACAUGGGUGGAGAGAGUGAGCCAUCACUAGGAUCAUUGUGUUGGAGAGGAGGCUUGAUUGAGGUAUUGAAAAUUAUGAAAGUUAUAAGGGGAAGCUUAUAAUAAUAAUAAUUAAUAAAGGAACAAGGGAGCAGUCCCUAAAAUUCAAGGGCAGUGCAGUUAGAACAAAUACAAAGAAAUACUACAGCAUGUAGUCACUCUGGAAAUCAUGGUGUCAGAUACAUGGGCAGGAUUUCAGAAAGGGCUAUAUAUUAUCACAACCUCUAGAAUUCUUAGCUAGGAAAACUAAGAUACAGCUAAUUAAAUUGUAUGGGUCAGAAAAUGUUCUUUUGCUUUCCCAGUGAGAACAGUGCAGAGUUAGCUAGGUGAGUGGUUCUUUACCUUCCCCUGAAGCUAGGUAAAGAUGCUAAACUAGAUGAAUCAUUAAUCUCCUCUGCUGUGGAAAAUCCUCCAUAUAGGACAGGGAUUCUGGGACACACCAUCUAUUGUGCCCCCAAAAUGCCUGUUCUCCCUUUCUGAACAGAAAUUAAAUACAGUUCUUUCUCUCUUACUCUCCUUCCCUGAUUAUGCCCUGAAUAACAUGAUUUAGUAUUUUUAAAGUGCUCCCAAAGUGUGCUUGGUGCUUUAGAGAACAAAUAAAGUCUAGUCACUGCCACGAAGAACUUAGUCUAGUUGCAGCUAUGACAUGGCAAAUGAUGGUAGCAGUCAGUCAGGAGGGGAAGGGAUGAGGAAGUACAGGGUGAAACAACCAGAUCAUGAAAUUGCUCUAUGCAUUGACUUAGUCUUCCUUAUGGGAUUAAUAGCAAGUUCUUUCACUGGUACUAUGUACUUCUAGGAGCCAGUAGACUAGCUCCUUACUUAGAUCUUCUUUACCUCUUUCUCUUAUACCAGGGGACAUCCAUCUAGACAUGGGCGCUGAUUCAUUUUGCUCUGUAGAGUUUUUUGUUGUUUUUUUUUAAAUGCACAAAGUUAGUGGAUUUAUUAGAUCUUAAUGAAUCAAACAUUGGUUGUUUUUUCAUCCAUGCAGAUUUCUUCUCUCCUACCUUUUGCAGCUUGACAGACUGUUCUAAUUCAGUGUGUGUGGAGGUGGAAUAGGUAGAGUUAGUACAUUGGGUGUGUGUGGCUUAACAGAGGGAGCCUUUUCUAUGGGAACAAAUGCAAUGUUUCAACAAAAUCCCCUUGUAGAUUGCAAUUCUGCAUCUGUAAACAUAGUGUACUAGCCUGUUCACUGUUGGACGUAAAGUGAGAAUGUAAACCUAAUUGCCAUUUGGCCAUAUUUUAAACAUUACCCAUUUGAAUCUACCAGACACUGGAUGCCAUUGAGAUGUACUGACAGGGUGCGUGUGGGAAAUCUUCUCGUUUGCCUUCCAGUACUUUUUCCUGGCUUUAUAAGCACUCAGUGUUACACCUGCUGUCUGGUGUGAUCUGCGUAGGAACAGCAUUUCAGUUUUGUAGCAGUGUGUUUGUUUCUAGAGCUGUAGUUAUAUAAGGAGAGAUGCAAAUCUACUGUAACUCUGGUAUGUUGCAAUUUAGCUGCAAUUCCACAUUUUUAUUUAUUCAGCACAGUUCUGUUUCAGGCUGGACUGAACAGGUAAAACUGUUCAGAGAGAACUUGGCUCUGAGCAAAAUGUAUCUCAUGUCUACUGAGAUGCUACAAAAUAAUAACAAACAAAUGAAAAAGCCUACAUAGUGUUUUGAAUGGCUAUGCAGGGGUAAAUAUGUUUACUGGCGUGGCAUUUGAUAGCUAGAGACUAGUAGAAACACAGUUAUAUAACAGCAGGUAAAGGGUAACUGAAAUCUGAACCUAAGGUCUCUGUUAAAAAUAUCUGUUCAUCCCUAUGAUGAUGCUGAAAUGUGAAAUUAAAGUUAGCGAACCAGAUUUCUGGGUGGCUGAUCUUUAUUUAUUGACUUUAAGAAUUUAAGUGGAUGAAGCUUUUAGUAUAGUACACUAAGAUUAAGAAUAAAAUGGCUGACACACAAAAACAAGUGUUUCCUAAGCCACACAGAAUGCACCUUUUUACAAAUGUCUCUGCCUGUUAGCUGGUGUGCCCAUUCUACCCGUCGCUGGUCUACAAAAUCAUAAUGACAUAAGUCUCUUGCUUUUAAAAUACAUAUCGUGGGGAUUACGUCUAUAAAUAUCUUUGUUCCUUUCAGUAUUUGUCUGCAGCAGGAAAACUUGAUAUUAUGUCAAUGUUCUAGCCCCAGGAUAGUGUCUUCUAAAUAAAGCUCUAUAAUUUACUGAUUACUGCUGUCAGUUAAAAGCUAGAACAUUUUCCCACGCACUCUUUUCCCUAACAUGCCAACACAAACUGUAUUCUCCUCCAGUGUACACUUCUGAAGUUUAUUAAAUUUGUCAGAGAUUAGGAAGCAGUGUCCGUACUGCCAGCUUUGUUUUGUAUGAGUAGCGUGUUUUUUGUAAAUUUUCCAUUUGGGUUCAGCUGCUUCAUUCACCCGCAUUCUUUCCUGUGUCAGUUGUUGGGGGAAAUACAAAAUUCUAAUCCCCAGCUGUCAAAAAAUAAAAAAAAUUCUUUCUCAAACGGGAUUCCAUCAACAGCUGAGCCUGGAAAAUUCCAGCUCCUUAAGUUUGGGAAAAGGCAUAUAUUUUUAUAAAAUGUAAUUGCGUAUUUUUAAAAACCUCUUUCCAUGUUUGCUAGCUUCUCAAAGUGUAUUAUUUUCCCCUUGUAGCUUAAUUUGAUACAAAUAGGUUUUUUGUGUGUACCCUUUUUUGUUCUGAUUUUACAUUUGGUGAUGUACUGUACAGGAACAGUCUCAGCCUUUGUAAUUACUGUAUAGAUGCUUUAUUAUAAAAAGUAUAUUACUUUUAUUUUAACAAAUGAGCAGACACUGCCUUUCUGUGUGUUUGCUGCUUAGGGCACCUUUUACAAGACUGUUACAUAUUAAAAUAGUGUACAUAUCUAUAUAAAAUAUUUACUUUUUUUUGCUGUACAGUUGUGAUAGACCAGACUGAAUUUAUUUUUUGUGCUCUUUUUAUAAAAUAUUAAUACACUAAAGGAAAUCUUGCUGAUGUGAUGUAAUGUACCCAUGUAACUUAUUUACUUAAUGUCCCUCUGUAUCUUUUUAAACCUUUUAUUAAAUAAGGUUUAAAAAUAA